AUGGCUCGGAUGGAAGAAGGUGUAACGAAGGCCGCUGCCAAAUAUACUGAAGGCUACGAGGCUCUCGUUCACCUCAAAGGCAAACGUUACGCUCCCGAGUUUCAAAAAUUGGACAAGGCCCAUUUGAACACUCGUAUCGAAAUCGAGAGUGACGAAGAUGCAGCAAGAAGCUUACGAACAGCAGACGGAUCGCGACCUACGAGAGAGGAGACUGCUGCAAAAAAAGAAGAAAACCAAGACGGCGCCAAUUUCCUGGAUUUGGGCAGCAGGCGGGCAGGCCGACGGGGUUGA